AUGUGUUGAUUUACUGCAUUAUUUUGAGGUGCUUUGAGCUUUAUUGGGGUGCAAUGCUGGGAUUCAAUGCGGCAUCGAAGUGUCUGAUAGUGCUGAUCCAUAUUAUAAUGCUGUGUGUGUGGCCUUGCAAAUCUGGGGAUCAGCCCCCCAAUCCUGCCUGUCGCCUGCAGAUCAUUAAAGCAGUUGAGGAAUAUGAAUAUAUCCAGGAAGGAGACAUCAUGAUCGGAGGGGUGAUGACUGUAGACAUGAAUGCUCAAAUCAUAACUUUACCAUCGGACAAAUCUAAAUUCAAAACCAAAUUGUUAUGUUUUGGCCCCAAUGGCCAGAAUAUGAAGUACUUGGUGGACUUUCGAUUUGCUGUGGAGCAAACUAACAAGGAUCCAGAGCGGUUACCCAAUGUGACUUUGGGGUACCAUAUAUACAAUUCCUGUGGGAGUUCACUGAAGGCAGUGAGGAGUGUAUUACAGAUAUUAUCUGGUACCAGGGAGCCGGUUCCCAAUUACUCCUGUGUGGGAAAGAGAAACAUUGCUGGAUUUAUUGGGGAUCUCACCUCAGAGACAACUCUACCCAUAGCCCAGAUUCUCACUGUGUAUGGAUAUUCCCAGAUCAGUUAUGGAGCUACAGACCCAGCGCUCAGUGACAGAGGCACCUUCCCGUACUUUUUCCGCACCGUACAGAACAUUCACAGUGAGUUUUAUGCUUUAGGGCAAUUACUGAGACAUUUUGGCUGGACCUGGGUUGGAAUAAUUACAUCUGAUGAUAUCAGUGGAGAGGAAGAAUAUAAGCUCUUGGCCAAGUAUCUCUCCAGCGCUGGUGUCUGCAUUGAGUUCACAUUAAAACUUCAUAAAAGUCGUCAAAACUAUGUUCACAGUGUAACUGAUCAUUUCAAGAAAACUAUCGCCUUUUCCUCUACCAAUGUCAUUUUAAUUUGUGGAACUGUCAUUUUAUUAUUUUUUACCUAUUUAACAAAUGCAAAUUUUUACCAGAGAGAGACAAUAAUCCUUUCAUCAAACUGGGGGGCUAAUGAUGCAUUGAUUACUUACAACCCAGUAUUAUUUAAUUACAGCCUGGUGCUUGUGCCAGGGUACCAUUAUGAUCUGGAUACUCCUGAAAUGAGGAGCUUUUUAGAGACUUUCCACCCUUCUAAUUACCCAGAAGACAAAUUACUUGGAGAUAUAUGGAUGAUUUAUCUGUAUUGUUUGUCUAAAGACCCAAAUAAGAAUUAUAUUUACCAAUAUAUUUACUUUGCUGUUCCACUUCUCCAAAACUGCACUGGGCAGGAGCGAAUUACAGACAUUUAUAGUUUUGGAGGAAAUUCCAACUCUCCCCGAGUGCAUCUGGCAGUUGAUAUGAUGUCUCGUGCUCUGCAUGAUAUGAACAUGAAACUUUAUAAGAAAACUGUAAGGAACAGAGAAAGAUUUUUGAAGUCUGAGUUGCACCAAAAUUUAAAGAAACUUCAGUUAAAAUCCAAACAUGGUGAAAUCUUCUCAUUUAAUGAAAAUGAAGAGUAUCUCACUAGGUACAAGAUCUAUAGCAACUUUAUUACUCUUGAUGGAAUGGUGACCAGAAACUUUGUUGGUGAGUUCUCUCCAUGGGCACCACUAGAUCAGCAGCUGAGUAUAACCUCAAAGGCAAUUCCAUGGAAGACAAUAGACAGCAAAAUCCCAAGAGCUCAAUGUACGGAUAAUUGUCUCCCAGGAUACAGGAAGAUGCCAAUUCCUGAAGUCCAACCCUGCUGUUAUGAUUGUGUUCCAUGUUCUGAGACAGAGAUCUCUAAUAUAAUCGACAGUGUGAGCUGCACCCAAUGCCCUGACAUGGAAUGGCCUAAUGAGAUGAAAGAUCAGUGUGUACAAAGAAAUGAGGUUUUUCUAUCAUACAGUAAUGAUGUGAUUUCCAUAUUUUUCACAACUAUUUCUAUUCUUUUUUCUCUAAUAAUUCAGUUGAUAUUUCAAGUCUUAAUUACCUACCGGAACACCCCCAUUGUGAGAGCCAACAACAGGAGCCUGAGCUUCCUCCUCCUUGUCUCCAUCAAGCUGAGCUUCCUCAGUGUGUUUCUGUUCCUCGGUCGCCCUGUGGAUAUAACCUGCAUGCUGCGUAACAUCACUUUUGGAAUCACCUUCUCCAUAGCUGUCUCUUCUCUCCUGGCCAAGACUAUCAUGGUUUGUGUUGCUUUCAAAGCCACCAAGCCAGGGAGCUCAUGGAGAAAAUGGGUGGGAGUCAAACUGUCCAAUUCUGUAGUCUUGUUCUGCUCAUCCAUUCAAAUAAUAAUCUGCAUGACUUGGUUGGCCAUUUCUCCUCCCUUUCAGGAACUGGACCUUCACACUUACCCUGGAACCAUCAUCAUUCAGUGCAAUGAGGGCUCAGCUAUUGGCUUUUACUCAGUUAUUGGGUAUAUGGGGCUUCUGGUAGCUGUUAGUUUUGUUUUAGCAUUUUUAGCUCGGACAUUACCGGACAGUUUUAAUGAGGCCAAGUACAUCACUUUCAGCAUGUUGCUCUUCUGCAGUGUUUGGAUCACAAUGAUCCCGGCCUAUCUGAGCACCAAAGGCAAAAACACUGUGUGUGUGGAGAUAUUUGCCAUACUCACCUCAAGUGCUGGACUUUUAGCCUGUAUAUUUCUGCCAAAAUGUUACACAAUAUUGUUUAGAGCUGAAAUGAACACAAAAACCCAUUUACUUGUAAACAAACCUUGA